AUGGUUUCAUUCGUCUACUCUUUCAUGAUCUCGCUCGCCGCCGCGUUGGUGGUGAGAGAUCAAGCCCCGCAACCGCUCGAGCUUACCUUGAACAAAGUCCCCAACCUUGAAGCGGUCCAGCCCAACCCCAGAAACAGGGCUAAGCCUGGUCCUCAGGAUGUUGAGCUUUUCGCUGCUGCCGCUUCUUACCAAAUUGACUUGGGUGUCAUCAAUGAAGACCAAAAGGUGCGGGUGGUGUUGGACACCGGCUCGGCCGACUUGUGGGUGGAUGCUGAGAAGUUGCUGAACACCAACGGCUUCACCAAGACUGGUGAACUGUUUGCCAUUGGCUACGGUGACCGUUCGACCACUCGCGGUGACUUUGGCAAGUCGUCGGUGUUCCUUGAAAACGGCCUCGAGGUCAAGGACUUCCAAUGGGCGUUGGCCACCGAAGUCACGUUGACUGGGGGUAGCCAAAACGGUAUUCUCGGGAUCGGUAAGGUCACCAACGAAGCUGGCUACCACCGCACUGGCAAGACCUACCCUAACUUCACGCAAAAGUUGAAGGACCAAGGCACCAUCACCUCGAACUCGUACUCGUACUUCCUCAACAAGGACCACGACCACGAUGGCACCAUCACUUUCGGUGGUCGUGACAACAAGAAGGUGAAGGGCCCCGUGGCCACCUUCCACCCCAGCGAAAGCGACGAAUACUCCCGUUUUGACACCGUCACUGUGGCCAAGUUCACCACCAGUGACGGCAAGACGGUCCAAGGUUUUGAAGCCGCUUUGGACACCGGUACCACUUUGACCUACAUCCCCAUCUCCACCCUCAGAGAAUUGGCGAUCCCCGGUGUUUACACAAACUGGCAAGGUCAAUAUUAUGUUGACUGCAACCAGCCCACCGACAAGUACGUGUCGUUCUGGUUCAACGACGUCGAAAUCAAGCUCUCCUACAAGGACUUGGCGGUGCCGGCGUACACUAUCAACAACCAGCCGUCGGGCACGUGCUUCUUUGCCUUCCAGGCCACAGGGGGCGAAAACCUCCUUGGGGACUCGUUCUUGCGUCACGCUUACAUCACCGUCAACCACGACAAGAAUGAAAUUUUGGUCUCGAACGUCGAGUACACCGACGAAAAAGACAUUGUGGCCAUCUAG